GCAGGGGGCGCGCGGGAGCGUCGCGCGCGGAAACUCCGUCAGCAGAAGAAACCGUUACAACAACAACAACAGCAGAAGCAGCAACAUGUCGAUAGUAGCGAAGCGAUGUGGAGUGAGAUUCAUCCCUCCUUCCAUCAUCCUCAUAUACGAGAACAAAAACACGAGCAAGACGAGGAAGAGAGUGAUACCUGUGAGGAACUUCUCUCAGUACUCGGACUGCAGUCGAGCGGCAGAGAGGCUGAAGCAUCACGUGCGUCACAGCGUGUAUCUGGAGUCGGUGUCUUUGGCUCAGCUGGAGAGGCUUCACCUCAUACUGCAUGAUCACCUGAAGGGCCUCAGUCUGGAGGAGAGUCUCGCCGCCCGACGGGCGUCUGACCCCAGCGACGAGGACCUGAACAAGCUGAGCGACGAGGAGCUGAACCGCAGGAAGGCCCAGAUGGACCAGCUGUUCGAGCGCAACCGCAAACACAAGGACGACCCAGACUUCGUCUACGACCUGGAAGUGGAGUUUCCAGAGAACAGCGUGCGAGAGACGUGCAGCUGGGACGAAGAGCCGUCCGACGACGGGUUCUAGAGGACCAGAUGAAGAAGACACGUGGAGAACUGGUGCAUUAUGGGGCUUCUCUGUUGGAGUCUGAUGAUGAACUAUACAUUUGCUGCUACAUGUUGCUUUAAG